ACGAGUGAGUACAAAUGUCAACAGCUGGCCCAAAACAUUAGCUUAGCACACAAGUUUGUCGCCUCUUUCGUACUUUUUUUUUUUCCUCACACCGAAGCGAUGUUUGGGCUGUUUAAGCGUUCUUCAGUUUGAGGAUGGAAGCAUCAUGUUUGGACUUGGCUCUGGAAGGUGAGCGGCUCUGUAAGGCUGGUGACUAUCGCGCAGGUGUGUCCUUCUUUGAAUCUGCCAUCCAGGUUGGAACAGAGGACCUCCAAAUCCUCAGCGCCAUCUACAGCCAGCUGGGAAAUGCCUACUUUCACCUUCAAGAGUAUAAUAAAGCCCUGGAGUACCAUCGGCAUGACCUCACACUCACCAGAACGAUUGGAGAUGAACUUGGUGAGGCAAAAGCCAGUGGUAACCUUGGGAACACAUUAAAGCUUUUAGGAAGAUAUGAAGAAGCUGUGGUUUGUUGCCAAAGACAUUUGGAUAUCACAAGAGCCGUAUAUGAUAAGGUUGGGCAGGCUCGAGCGCUGUAUAAUUUCGGAAACGUUUACCACGCCAAGGGCAAGAGCCUCUGCUGGACUGGAGCAGAGCCAGGAGAUUUUCCAGAGGAGGCCAGGAUAGCCCUGAGGAAAGCUGCACAAUACUAUGAAGCAAACCUGUGCCUCGUGAAGGAAUCAGGUGACCGGGCAGCCCAGGGUCGUACCUACGGGAACCUUGGUAACACUUACUAUCUGCUGGGUGACUUUGAAACUGCUGUAGCCGCACAUGAGAAGCGACUUCUCAUUGCUAAAGAGUUUGGUGAUAAGUCUGCUGAGCGGAGGGCACAUUGCAACCUUGGCAAUGCAAACAUAUUCCUUAGCCAGUUUGACGUGGCGGCUGGUCAUUACAAGAGGACUCUGCAGCUGGCCAGGCUUUUGAAGGACAGAGCGGUGGAGGCUCAGGCCUGCUACAGUCUAGGAAACACCUACACACUGCUGCAGGACUAUGAGAGAGCCAUUGAUUAUCAUCUCAAACAUCUGGUCAUUGCUCAGGACCUCAACGACCGAGUCGGGGAAGGAAGAGCAUACUGGAGUCUAGGAAAUGCCCACACUGCCCUGGGGAAUCACCAGCAAGCAAUGUACUUUGCCGAGAAACAUCUGGAAAUUGCCAAAGAGACUGGAGAUAAAAGUGGCGAGGUGACAGCCAGGAUGAAUUUGUCGGACCUACGGCUGGUUGUAGGCCUGAAGUCCAACCCCAACAUCCAUCCCAACAUCUUCCGCAACACCAAUACCAAUAGCUCUGCUCUGCAAAUAAACUACCAUGGUUACCCCAGCCUACCAGUGGUCAAUUCUCCAUCAAGGAAGGGAGGUAGUGCUGAGAACAUGGAGCCCAAGAGUCCAACGCCUGACAAAAAUCAAAGUGGAGACUCCCCAGCACUUCCAGUACGUAAAAAAUCACUUGGAAUGGACUGGGAGGAGGAUACAUUUCCUGGGUCUUCAAAAAACAACACAAUCAAGGCCUCCACUAAGCUUUUCCUCUUCCACCGACUAAAAAGCAAGAAGCAGAAGAACAACAAGUCACCUCCUAAAGACCAGCCAGAAAACCGCACUGAGCACACAGCUCCCGACCUCGACACAUCAACGUCUCCUAAGCUGGGAUCACGGGAUACUAUUGGGGAGGAUGGCUUUUUCGACCUCCUCUCUCGUUUCCAGGGCAACAGAAUGGACGACCAAAGGUGUACACUUGAUGGCCAGAGCCAUGUCCCUGCCCACCCCUCUCCUUCCUCCACCCUAUCUGUAUCUGAAGCCAAAUCCGUUUCGGAGCGCGAAACACCAUUGCAGGAUCCUGGUCAUUUCCUGGAGCUGCUGGCCAGCUCCCAGGCCCGUCGUCUGGACGACCAACGAGUAAACCUGAGCCAUUUUCCUGGCUUGCGUCUCAGCACCUCCAACCCGCCUCGUACACCCUCCACCUCCAGCACAGAACAAGUCCCGUCACAAGCACCCAUCUCCAGUGCAGAUACCCCUCACACACCCUCCCUGUACGGUCGCCUCGAGGCCAGUGCUGAGCAGCCUGAGGGAGAUGAUGUCUUCUUUGACAUGCUAGUGAAGUGCCAGGGCUCCAGACUGAAUGACCAGAGGUGUGCUGCUCCACCGUCUACAAAUAAGGGACCAACUGUACCAGAUGAAGAUUUUUUCAGUCUCAUCCUACAUUCCCAGUCGAACAGAAUGGAGGAGCAGCGAGUUCCACCUCCCCCUGGUGUCACACAGUCCAAACCAGACUGACUUCCAAGUGUGAUUUUUUUUUCCCCAUUUUAUCUCAGGAUAUCAACUGAAGUAACCAAGCUUCUUUUUCUUUUUUAAUCAUCUUGUUUUUUGUAACCAACAAUACUCGUGAUUCCUGCCUUUUUGGAUUUUCCCGACAACCUUCCUGUCAGACUGCCACGAUCAGAGGGGUCGCUUCAUGGAGUCAAAAAUACAAAACUGGCCUGGGAAAAUUUAGGAUUAAGACUUGAGAACUACUUUUUAUAGAGCUGCCUGUGUUUUUUUUUAGGUAGCCACCUUUUUUGGGGGGUGUCACAGUUGACUGCUUUUAUCAGGAACCUCAAGUGUACCAGUGACAUCUGCCCACUCUGGAGGCUUGCAUCAAGUGACUCGUACAAGCUGAGCUGUGGUGGUUCACAGAUGAUUUUUUGAUGAUAAACAAAAGAUAUUUUAUAUACCCAAGGUUCUGAAAUUAAGCAAACUGAAACAAUGCUUGGCCUGCCCUGCCCAUUUACAACUUCAUGUUGGUUUGAAUUGAUGCCAGACCUCCCCAGCAGUAACUCAUGACAGGGUCAAAUGGCAAAUCUCCUCUGGGAAAUAAAAAAGGCCACAUCCACUGCUACACUGGUGACUAGUGGAGCCAUUUACAAUAUCUGCUUCCAGAUAUUGCUUUUAAAGACUUGUCAGUUUUACAGUGUUAACUGUUGUAUGGGUUCUUGUAUUAAAUACUGAAAUGGGAUUUUUCUGCAUUGUAACAGGAUUUUACAGAAGAUCAACUAGUGUGUGGGGAAAAAAAAUGUCAUAGCUUUUAUACUGAUGAUUCUCCUCACAAUGGAGAAAUAAAAUCUCAUUUAAUGUA